GAGAUUGGCCCAAUUGCCACCAGUAUCAGUUUUGCAAGUUUACAAAUCAUUUGUAUGGAAAUUGUGCUGUAUUUCUCAAAGGCAAGAUGAUGAUAAUUUUGCAAGAUAUAUGUUAUGGCAAUAUCAUGGAA